GCAAAUAACCUCAGCAUCUCAACACUGUGAGAAGAACCCUUUCAAAAAAGGAGUGUGCUGAAAGUUGGAUACCUAUCAAAUUAAGAUUUUUGUUGAAGUCCAACUAAGAAUGCAACCAGCAAAAUAAAGUGAAAAAUCUAGACAUCUGAAGAAGCAUCCUUCUACUUGGUGAAAAUGUCUCUUAUUUUUUGACAACUAUUAAAGGACAAUGGGGUCAAACACACUUGGGAAGUCUGCAACAUUAGAUGAGCUUUUGAACACUUGUAUUGAAAUGUUUGAUGACAAAGGAAACCAGUGCUCCAGCCAUUUGCCAAGAACCUUUCUUUUAAUGCAUCGUUGGUAUCUGCCUUCGACAGAGCUGGCUGGCAAACUCCUGUCCACAUAUAGAGAUGCCAAUGGGGAGAACUGCAACGAAUUCAGAUUGAAAAUCUGCUACUUCAUGAGAUACUGGAUUUUGGAAUUUCCUGCAGAGUUUAACUUGGAUCUUGGGCUGAUUCGUUUGACUGAAGAGUUUCGAGAAGUAGCCAGCCAGCUCGGAUAUGACGAUCACAUCCAUCUUAUUGAUAUCUCCAGCAUUCCUUCCUAUGACUGGAUGAGAAGAGUUACACAGAGGAAGAGGAUUUCCAAGAAAGGAAAAGCCUGCCUGCUGUUUGACCAUUUGGAGCCCAUUGAGCUAGCUGAACAUCUCACUUUUCUGGAGCAUAAAUCUUUUAGGAGAAUUUCUUUCACAGACUACCAAAGCUAUGUGAUCCAUGGUUGCUUGGAGAACAAUCCUACUUUGGAGAGAUCUAUUGCUUUAUUUAAUGGUAUCUCCAAAUGGGUCCAGCUCAUGGUUCUCAGCAAACCAACACCCCAGCAAAGAGGAGAAGUAAUCACAAAGUUCAUCAAUGUUGCACAGAAGCUCCUUCACCUGCAGAACUUCAACACACUGAUGGCUGUUGUGGGAGGUCUAAGCCACAGCUCUAUUUCUCGCCUGAAAGAAACUCAUUCUCAUUUGUCUUCAGAAGUCACAAAGGACUGGAACGAAAUGACAGAGCUGGUCUCUUCCAAUGGAAACUACUGCAACUACCGCAAGGCUUUUGCUGACUGUGUUGGCUUCAAAAUUCCUAUUUUAGGAGUCCAUUUGAAAGACUUGAUUGCUGUCCAUGUCAUUUUCCCUGAUUGGAUAGAUGAGAACAAAGUUAACAUAGUGAAAAUGCAGCAGCUUUCCAUCACCUUGAGUGAACUGGUUUCCCUGCAAACUGCUUCUCAUCAUUUAGAGCCUAAUAUGGAUUUAAUUAACCUGCUAACCCUGUCUCUGGACCUCUAUCACACUGAGGAUGAUAUCUACAAGCUCUCACUGGUGCUGGAACCAAGGAACUCCAAAUCUCAGCCUACCUCCCCGACGACCCCUAACAAGCCAGUAGUGCCACUGGAGUGGGCAUCUGGAGUGGUACCAAAACCUGACCCUACAGUCAUUAAUAAACACAUACGAAAACUGGUGGAUUCUGUCUUUAGGAACUAUGAUCACGACCACGAUGGUUAUAUUUCUCAGGAGGACUUUGAAAGUAUAGCUGCCAACUUUCCCUUUUUGGACUCUUUCUGUGUGCUGGACAAAGACCAAGAUGGUCUUAUAAGCAAAGAAGAAAUGAUGGCUUACUUUCUGAGAGCUAAAUCACAGUUCCAGUGUAAAAUGGGACCAGGGUUUAUUCAUAACUUUCAGGAAAUGACCUAUCUUAAACCAACUUUCUGUGAGCACUGUGCAGGAUUUCUCUGGGGUAUAAUCAAACAAGGCUACAAAUGCAAAGAUUGUGGUGCCAACUGUCAUAAGCAAUGCAGAGACCUGCUUGUGCUGGCAUGCAGGAAAUUUUCCAGAGGAACCUCAGUAGGCAGUAACCACGGCUCUCUGCCUAGCAGUCCAUCUCUGCCUCCAGUCCAAGAUGAAGUAUUUGAAUUUCCCAGUGUUGCUGCAGAACACCAGGACCUUGAUGGCAGAGCUAUAACUCUAGUCACUGGCUCUUCACGAAAAAUCUCAGUGCGGCUGCAGAGGGUGACCACCAGCCAAGCAACACAGACAGAACCACUCUGGCAUGAACCAGGCUGGAACGACUCAGGUUCCCAUACUUUCCCCAAAAUGAAGUCCAAAUUCCAUGGAAAAGCUGGGAAGAACAAAGGCUUUGCAAAGUGGGAGAACGAAAAGCCCAGCACACAGGCUGAUGUAGAGCUAGAAGCCGAGGCCCCACAACAUAUACAGGAUCACAAUGGAAUAGAAACCCUGCCAGAAACACAAGAAUCUGAGGAUAGCUGAUUGCUCACCCUGAAGAAAACUGAAGAUGACAACUGUAAUACAGCAAGCAUUGGUGGACUGUCAUAGACCACAUGUGGCCAUAAGAAGUGUUCUUAUACCUCGUACUUUUAAAUCCAACCAUUGCCUGUUUUCUUAGCUGAAAGGUGUUAUAGAGCACUAUUUAUUUUCUCAUGAGUAAACCAUUUGGAUGAACAUUGCACAGACACAGCAGAAUGGACCUCUGCACUCAGUGUUUUCUUUUGUAUGACUUCUGUGGAAACUUCCUCUACACGCCAGUGAGGAUAUAUUUGGCCCCCUUUAAGUGUACUGCAUCAUUUCGGUAUGUCUGCCAGCAACAACAAUGGUGAGGACAGAAGCCAAGCAUCUAAGUUUGUUCAAUAACACUCCUUUCCAGAGGCUUGCAACGAUAAUUUAAGGAAAGAAGUAGGUGUGUAUGUUGAUUAAAUCUCAAAUGAAAACCUUUCACAAAGUCCUCUAUACUGAAAUUCUUUGUGCACCUGGGGUUUUGAAAUUUGACCCUGUUUAUGUUGUUACAGUGAAUGCAUUUGUGUUCAGCAUAGUGACACCAGUUACCAGACUAGGGAUCCUUCAAAUAGGCAGCAUGUGGCUGAAAGGGAAGGAAUUCCAAGACACUAUGUGUUUGUCUGGUUACAUCGCAAUAGAGAGGGGUCAUCUUGCCAGCACUGGUUAUAGUAACAUGAGCAUGCAAUAAACACUUUAGUUUUAAGUGUGUGUGUGUAUAUAUGUGUAUGUGAUAGUUUUCUCUGGUUAGCAGCCUGUACAUGUUAAGACUAAAUGUACUGAAGAGCAACCUCCAAAUUAGCAGUUCGCUAAUGUAGGAUCUAGCAUCUGAAUCUAUAAUGGUCCAGGAAGCAGGUUUGAAGUUGCCUUUUGCAGAAGCAUUAAGUUAUUGAAGGAGCACAGCCUUCAUCUGGAAAAAGAGAGAAAACCAAAAUAAAACAGCCCAAAAUCAACCCUGAAAGA